UUUCUCCGAAAUUUUAUAAAAUGAAAAUUCCUUUAUUAAAAUGAAAAUGAAUAUCGGAAAAUUUCGUUGUAAAGAUAGAAAUACGCGCAAAUGACGUCAUUCAAGGUCUUCCACAAAACACAAACACACACUAGUAAAACUAUUAAAUUUCGUUACGUAGAUGUUCUUUAUUUAUUAUUAUUUUUCGUCUAAGAAAGCUGCGCUGACCGAUAGCACAAAAGCUGAUUGGCGUAUAGUUUGUUUUUGUUAUUGUAUUGGCUGAACAAAUGUGUAUACGCAGCAGGAACGACCAAACACGGGGCAAAAUUAUGUGAAAGUUAGUGGGAAAAAAAUACGGAAACCAAAUAGAAUUGUACAAAAAAAAUUAUUAACCCAUACUAUUGACUUGAAUCCGGAAAAAUAGAGAACGAAUAAUUUUGUACAAAAAAUACAUCUUCAGAACAAAGUUCAAAUCCAUUUUUACUUAUUUAACAUUAAUUGUUGUACAAAGGAGAACAACAAAGUAUAGUUAUAGACGUCCACAGCAAACGCUUCACCGGCGACUUCGGUCAAGAACUUUUUGACCAUGUCGGUGCAACAAUUUUGUUUGCGCUGGAAUAACCAUCAACCGAAUUUCAUUUCGGUUUGUUCUUCGUUACUCCAUAACGGUACAUUGGUGGAUGUUACCUUAGCAGCAGAGGGUCGACAACUUCAGGCUCAUAAAAUUGUUCUCUCUGCUUGCAGCUCAUAUUUUCAAACAUUAUUUACAUCGAAUCCAUGUCAGCAUCCAAUUGUAAUACUUAAAGAUGUACAAUACGAUGAUCUUAAAACUAUGGUUGAUUUUAUGUACUACGGUGAGGUAAAUGUAUCGCAGGAACAAUUGCCACACAUUCUAAAAACGGCCGAGAUGCUUAAAAUCAAAGGACUUGCUGAAAUGCCCACCGAUCCUGCCAAUUUAACUAAAUCUGAAAGCAAAUCAUCGAAUGAACCCACCGAUUUAGUGGGUAGCGGUAGCACUGGCAGCAAUGGCCAAAGUAGCAGUGGUGUUACCAGCGGCGGUAUGGGUAGUAGUGCUGGCGGUAGCUUGAAUGAAUCAUUGUGGGAGCCGCAACAUCACCAUGGGCAACAUAGUGACGCUCAGUUUCAGACGCACCACCAUCAACAACAACAAAACAGCCAAACACAAACAUCACAACAGCAACAACAACAACAUCAUCAAUUAAGGCGCACUCCUUCACCAUUAGGAGCGGGUGCAUCACCAGCCACACGACGAAAACGCUUACGGAAAUCUUCAAAUAAUGGAUCUGGCGAUCGGAAUAAUUCGGAAGAACAACAUAAUACUUCUUUGGAUAGUGGAAAUAAUACUGGCGGCAUAAGUCUUACACAAAUGGAUCAAAUGUCAUUUGGAACCACGGGCGGUACUAUCAGUGGCAUGCAAACUCACUCACUUCACACAGUAAAAUUGUUAAAAGAAUCGGGUAGGACAGAGGUUGAACCACAUCCACAAGACGAUAGUUUAGAUGAUGCUCAUGGACAUGUACACAUGCAAAUUAAACCCGAAGUUGAUAUGAGUAGUGUUCAACAGUCAAUGCCGCUGGAUAUUUCCGCUGCUACAACUCCUUCAGAACACGAUGCUCCAAAUUCUCAAUCAUCUCAUUCUGAUAUCGCGACGAAUGCUAAUGUCGCUGCCAUUGUCCCUCAGCCGGAGUGCUCGCCACGUGCUGUUAAUAUGGCUAUGUCACCGUCACCUGCCAGCUUACUUCCACAGCAGCUGCAACAGCAACCUCCAGCGCAAUUGCAACACCAACAUUCACAACAACAACAAAUGGGCACUAAACGUAAUCGUGUAUUAACACGUCAGCCGCGUGUAAAACGUGACAGUGACAGCCUAUCAAAUGCUCAAGCUUCACCAGAACCAUCUGGAUCGUGUGUUGAUUAUGAUCCAUUUAGCAAUUCACCUGGCAGUAGUUCACAUUCGAACUACAUCCCAGCACAUGCACUUCAAUUGCAUGCACAUCACGGCCAUCAUCAUCUGCUGGCUGUGCCGCCACGUAUUGAACGUCACUCCUCCGAACCGGCUCCGACAUUAACACCAUCUUCUCCCCAUUUGUUGUCUGUACCGCAGAAUACACCUUUUCUGAUGAAACAGCAUUCGGAUCCAUUGCUACCAUCGCAACAUUCAUUAAGUGGCGCUGGCGCAUUAAUUGUUGGCGGUGGUGGCGGCACAAAUCCUUUCGCACCGCUACAUCGUCAGUAUUCACAUCCGCUCUCAUGUACCACCAGUGGCGUUAGUUGCGGCAGCAGUAGCGCAGGUACUAGUCACAUCACCAGCGCUUCAUUACAUCAUUCACACCACAUAUCAUUACCGGAAUCGAUGUACACAUCCGGUGGUUCACCGCCGCCUGUUGGUUCUUCACAAUAUGUGGUACCACAACAAAUUGCCGCUAGUGGCGGAAAUAGUGUUAGUGGCGGUUUGGGUACGACAAAGGAAGCUCUGGACGUUAACACAUCAGCUACGUCAGCGAGUCCUUCGAAAAUGCUGAGCAUACCACAAUUUACUACAACUUAUAUUGAUGACAGCGAUGCGAGUGGUCGCACUAAUUCACCAGCUACCACUUCAUCCAUGAUUGGCGCUCAACACAAUACAACGAGCAUUAGCUCGGCGCCUUUGGAACGCGUCCAUUCGGCGGAGUCGAACACGCCACCGCCAUCGGCGGCCAAGAUACGCAGCUCGAAAUCAACAUCGAGCGUUUCGCUUUCGGAGCGCAUGAGCAGUUUACAUCCUGGAACGACGGCAACGGGUAGCAGCUCAUUUGAGCAUUUACCUUCGUUGCGUGUCAAGAGUGAGGAAUUGCAGAGAUCGGUGUCAUCUCCACAAACCUCUCGGGAGAUCAUCACUUUGGAGAAUCCUCGUUCUAGUCAUUGUCCUGUUAUACGGCCCGGGCCGGCACUGGGCUGCAAUUUUUGUUGGAACACCAUCGAUGGGCAUGGUAGAAUUUUGCGGCGCAAAACCAAAUACCACUGCCCCGAGUGUCAAACGAAUUUAUGCAUUGUACCAUGUUUUCAAGAAUAUCACGAGCGACAAAACAAUGAAGCGGCAAGUACUUCGUCCGGCAACGAUGGCAAUAGUAAAUCAUACUCAGGUACCACGGGCAGAAGUGGAAAUAGUGGCAAUGGCGGUAAUAGCACGCGACUAUAUUCCAAAACUGAAACCAUUUGAAAGCGUUAAAUUACUGCUGGAGCUAUGUUUUUUUGAAAACUAUUUAUUGUUGAACCGGCAGCAUUUGCCGGAGAUAAAAAGAUUGUUGUUUGUUGUAAGGUGGGCUAAGGUCACCAUUGAUUUUGGGUCAAGGGUUUUUUGCCUUAUAAGUCCCGCCUUUAAGUCAAAAAAAAAAAAUUAACUAAAAAACAAAAUAAAUCACAUACUUAAACUCCGCAAAAGUGCAAAUUGAAUUUGCAUGGAGUAUGGAGUAUAAGAUAUAAAUAUUUGUAUGCGAAAAAAAUGAAAUAAAACAAAAUAAAAACGAAAAAUAAAAUUGCAGAAAGAUUUUUGAGGUUAUGUAUUGUACUUGAGAGCCACACAAUUGUAACAGCGUGCAAGCUGAGCUUUGUCAUUUUAAGACUUGUUGCUGUGCAAGAAAGUCCAUUUUCAAUUGUUAACCUGUGGCAUGGCAUGUUGGCGAACGUUUUGUAAAUGCCUAAGGUACCAAGGUGCAAUGGCAAUGAGGAAAGAUUUUUUUUUUUUUUUUUGUGAAACUUUUGUAUAUGUAUGCAUGUAUGUAUUUAGUGUGAGCUUAAUACAAGGCAUACACAUUGUUGUUUUAUGCACUAAGCAUUGGUACAAAGAAAAAGUUAUAUUUUUCACAUAUUUUGUCUUAAAAAAAUGAACAACUCACUUUUGGAAUGUAAGCUGUUUUAAUAGAAAAAAAACACAAAUAAAAUUAGGCUAAAACAAAAAAUAAAUAAAUAAAAUGAAACUAAAACAUAAAAAGCAAAUAAACAAACAUACGUAAGCUUAUGAAUAUUUAACUCUAAGCAGAUUAUUUUGUUAAUUAUUUCCGCUUAAAAGCGACUACACUAAAAGUAAAAAUUGUUUUUUUUUUUUCUUAGAAAAUUUCGGUCCUGUAACACCGGCGAUUUGUAAAGCAAAGAAGAAAAAACCUUUGUGCCAUUUGUGUAAUUAAUUGCGAAAAUUAAAACGUCGUAAAGUCGACGAAUCGGUUUAUAAAAAGAUUCUAAAUUUAUAUAGUUAAUAUAAUUAUGUACUACAUAAUCAUACAUAUGUAUUGUUUUUUUCUUGAUAUAGCAAGAGAAGGCUCUAUAUAUUAAUUGUGUUAUCCAUCGUUUGUAAAGUAAAAUUUUUUUUUAAUUUAAAACUUGUCUUUUUAACAGUUAAUUAUUUUGUCACUUUAAUGAAAAUUUAAGUUCUAAAUUUUAGUUUUUUCUACUUACGUCUCUAAAGUAAAAUUGACUUUUGAUUUAUGAAUGACAUAUAGCAGAGAGCUUCCGGAACUCCUCGAAGUGUUUGCAAAUAAUUAUAGAAGCUCUUGAAAUCCGUUAGACAGCACCGUUCAAUAUUAAGCUAACGAUAUAUACACAUUUUGAAAUUUGCUAUUAUGUAUAUUCAAAUGCAUACAUACGUACGUAUUAUACAUAUUCGCAUCCACAUUUUAUUUACGUUAGUGAAACAAAGUAUGAAACAGUUUUAUCUGCCUCUCUAUACACUUAUAGUUUCGCUUUGAUAUACAAAUGCAUCUUAUGUACAUAUGUAUAACAGUAUAACUUUAUAGAUUACAAAUAUUGCCGUUAGCUUUCUAACAUACUAUUAACACUCAGCGCAUAAAUCGUGAGUAUAAUUCUUAAAUGAAAGUUAUAGGCAAUGAAUUUAAUGGAAAAUAUUUUUUGGUAAACUUUAUAAUUUUCAGUUAAAUUAUUUUUUUAAUUUGUAUUAAUAAUUUUUAACUAACUGCAGCUAUAAAGCUUUCUGAUUGGUAAACAAAUUAAAAUUUGAAAAUACUUAUCAUUUCAUAAGGCGUUUCAUAAAAGAGCAACCACAAACUGUUUGUAUAUGCAUACAUACAUAUAUAUACAUAUAUAACUUUAAAUUAAAUUUAA